AUGUCUCCUGUUCAGCUUGACCUCUUGUCUCAGAAUAUUUACAAAGGUUCUGAAACCCAUUCUAAAGAAAAGCCAAAUGGUACUCACUCAAUCUAUAGAAUACUUGGACUUCAAAAUAAAUUCAAGGGAUAUGAUUAUAGUUCUUCCAAGGAAAAAGACAAAUUUAUUAUUACGAGAAUGCAAGAUAAUCACAAAGAUGCACAGGAUUCAUGUCAGAAAGCUAGCAGCAAUUAUAGGGAAGCUUCUAGUUACGACAUGUGCAGUAUACCUAGCAAGGCUAAAGUCUUGAGAGCUGCUAAGGCUGAAGAAUGA